AUGAGAGAAAUUCCCCCGUCGUACGAUUCUCCAAACUAUUACCUGCCACACCACGCGGUGAUCAAACCCGAGAGCACUACCACCAAACUUCGCGUGGUAUUCAAUGCUUCUAGCCCUUCAUCCAAUGGGACAAGCUUGAACGACAUUCUUCAUGCUGGUCCAGUCCUACAAUCUGAUUUAACCAUUCAGAUAUUGAAGUGGCGUUAUUUCCAGUACGUGUUCAGCGCAGAUAUCACCAAGAUGUACCGUCAAAUCUGGGUCGACCCCAAACAUACGCCGUUCCAGAGAAUCUUAUUCCGGAAUAAAGAAGGAGAAGUAAGCGAUUUCGAGUUAAAAACAGUCACCUUUGGUGUUAACUGUGCACCAUUUCUGGCACUCCGCGUACUCCAACAAUUGGCAGACGACGUGGAAAAGGACUUCCCUUCAGCAAGCAAUAUUAUUCGUCACUUUAUGUACGUAGACGACGUUCUGGCAGGGACCACUUCCAUACAAGAGGCUCGACUGGCAAUCAGCGAACUUCGCCACGCUUUCAGCAGCGCAAGGUUCCCAUUGAGAAAGUGGACGGCCAACCAGAAGAGCAUACUCGAAGACAUCCCAAACGAGCAUUUACUCCACGAGGACUUUCGCGAUCUUCAUUCCGAAAGCUUUGCCAAAACACUGGGCGUUCGGUGGAAUGCGACCUCGGACGAGUUCUGUUUUGUUCCACCGCCAGUGUCGAUUAAAUCCACUCAUACAAAGAGAGAGGAGUUGGGCUGGGAUGAAAAUAUCCCCACAGAAAUGGAUCAAAGAUGGCAAGAUUUUUUGCGCAGCUAUUCCGAGCUUGAGCAGAUCCGCAUUCCAAGGUGGGUUGGUUUCCAGCCAGGAGUGAAGGUAGAGCAUCACGGGUUUUGUGAUGCGUCUCAGAAGGCUUAUGGGGCCGCUAUAUACUUGCGGGUGGAAGUAGGCCACAACAUUAUGACACGUCUGCUUACCGCCAAAACCCGAGUCGCCCCUGUUAAAACGGUGUCCCUUCCACGGCUCGAGCUGUGUGGGGCAUUGCUGUUGUCAGAGAUGAUUGCAGCUGUCCUUCCGAAUAUGCCAAUUUCCAAUUCCGACAUUUUCUGCCGGACCGAUUCCACCAUCGUCCUCGCAUGGUUGAGCAAGCCGGCAUGCCACUGGACCACGUUUGUCGCCAACCGGGUGACAAAAAUUACUCAGGUAACGAGCGCUGAGCAUUGGGCGCAUGUGCGAUCUGAGUACAAUUCCGCGGACCUGGCCAGUCGAGGCGUUUCGCUGCGGGAGCUGGUUCAUAGCCAACUCUGGUGGGAAGGACCGGACUGGUUGCAACAGCCGAAGGACAUGUGGCCAACACGGGAGCUAGGACCUCCAGUCACAGACAUAGAGCAGCGUGCUGUGAAGGUCAAUUUCGCCAAGGCCCCAUCCGAAGAUUUUUUGGAACGUUUCUCCGCGUUGGACAAGGCUCUGCGGGUCCUUGCGUACGUAAUACGGUUCACUCAACGCUGCCGCAAGAUGCCGAGGGACGCUGCUGAGCGACCCACCAAGGAAGAGGUCCAAGAAGCUGAAAGAGUCCUCAUUCGAAAUGCUCAGCGGGGAGAAUAUACCCAAGAGCUCAAAGUCCUAAACGAUAAGCGUUCGAUUCCAGUUUCCAGCCCGAUCGCCAACCUGUUUCCAUUUCUAGACCAACAAGGCCUGUUAAGGGCAUGUGGGCGCAUUACGGCCUCAACGGCCCUCCAGUACGACGAGCGGCAUCCUAUUAUACUGCCAUACAACUGUCGGUUAGCUCGUCUUCUCGUCCUUUUUUCACACCAGAUUUCCCUGCAUGGCGGCAACCAACUAGUGGUACGCCUCAUCCGAUCGAAGUAUUGGAUUCCUAAAAUCAAAAAUCUGGUAAAAGCUGUGCUGAAUUCCUGUAAGGUGUGUACUAUUUACAGGAAGAGAGUCCAGACGCAAUUGAUGGGCGAUCUCCCUACCGAUCGAGUUUCCUUUUCCAGGCCAUUCACAUAUACGGGCAUGGAUUAUGCAGGCCCGUUUGAAAUUAAAAACUAUACUGGCAGAGCAUGCCUUAUUACCAAGGGAUAUGUUUGCGUGUUUGUGUGUUUUUCCACGAAGGCUAUCCAUUUAGAGCCUACGUCCGACCUGACAACGGAGAAGUUCCUCGCGGCAUUUGCCCGAUUCCUCGCAAGAAGAGGUUGUCCACAGCGAGUCCAUUCGGAUAAUGGCAAAACCUUUGUGGGGGCAGCGACUCUACUUUCUAGAGAUUUCAUGCAGACGAUCAAGGAGUCUGUAGCUGGAACCUAUAGCCAUCAGGGACUUGUGUGGCGGUUCAUUCCACCAGGGGCUCCACAUAUGGGAGGAUUGUGGGAGGCUGGAGUAAAGAGCUUCAAGGCACUCUUUUACAAGUCGACGUCAAGUCGGAAGUACACGUUUGAAGAGUUCGCCACGCUUCUCGCCAAAGUUGAAGCCUGCCUUAAUUCCAGGCCGCUGUCUCCCAUGUCCGAAAAUCCAACUGAGUUAUUGGCAUUGACGCCAGGCCAUUUUCUGAUUGGGGGACCUUUGCUUUCAACAGCUGAACCUGAAAUUAAGGGCGAUGCUCAGUCAAUUAUAAAUCGCUGGCAGCACUUAAAGGCCCUACAUCAGCAGUUCAGUGCGCGAUGGAAGGAGGAGUACUUAAAGGAACUUCACAAGCGCAAUAAGUGGCCGACUCCUUCCAGAGAUAUCCAAGUCGAUGACAUGGUGGUCGUCAAAGAAGACAACAUGCCCUCAAACGAAUGGCGGCUCGGCAGAGUUGUAUCUGUUCUUCCAGGAGCUGAUAGUAGAGUUCGCGUAGUUGAGAUCCGUACUGCUCGAGGGACUAUAACACGUCCCAUCCACAAACUAGUACUUCUUCCUAUGGAGGACCAGGCAACCUCCGCCUUUCCGAAAUAA